GCCUACAAGCUCUGUCUCACAGCUGCUCCCCAGCCUUGAAGGACACACACACACACACACACGCACACGCACAGAAACAGAGUUUGUGUGAAGGAGUUUUGCAGCAAGUGGCGACAGGAGAGCGGAGCCUUGUGCUCUGCAGCAAAUCCUGGGGAAGCCGGCUUUCCGAUUUCAGCAGGAUGCACAGCAGACAAGUCUGGAGAAGAUGACACAGAGUGACAGUGUCUCCCCAUCUCUGCACUGGCUGGAUUCCAACAUCAUUCCAGAGCUCAUGUGGUGACAUUCAUCCUCUGAGGUAUUCCAGUCCUUUACAGAGCCACCGUCCAGUUAUACUGCUGUUUUGUGUGAGAAAGGCAUCAUGGGAAACAUAGUGCAAUGCUGUCACGCACUGUCUCACUACUUUAAGUGUCAGGACACACCAGUCCAGGGAGAAGCAGAAACAUCCCCUCUGCUCUCCAGCGAGGACAGUGAAUGUUACUCCCCCAGUCUCCCUGACGACCUUGAGGACGACCUGUUAACCAUCUCCACCGGUGUGACAAACCCGUCCCUCGAACCGGAGCACUUCCUGUUUCCCGAUAUCAUCCUCAGCAGCAGCCUGGGAGGGGAAGUGACUCUGGUGGAGCCGAUGGUGUGUCUGCUGGUAUCCGAGGAGGAAGAGGGACGAGGUGAGUGUUUGAGGCUGGAUGAGCCGGGACAUGAAGGACAAGAGAGGAGGAACAUGUGGAGGACCAGGACAUUUUCUGAGGUGGAGACGCAAACGGAAAUGGAGACACAGAUUGGUAUGGAGGUGCAGACUCGGACAGAAGUUCAGACACAAACGGAGAUGUCUGUGUGCAACAGUGAUGCCGAGGAAGAACAUGAGACACUGAAACAGGGGAGUGUGUCAGCAGAGAUGCAAACGGAUGACCAAACAUCACAGGAGAGACUCUCAGAAAUCACAUCAGACAGAGGAAAGUCUCGGGAGACAGAGAAAAACACAAUGUCCAUCAGUGAGGCCGAACAAGAAGAACUAAAUCACAGCCAUGAGCCAAAUAUUCAAACAGAACUUGAGACAGAGCUAAACGAGCAGUUAUUCACUGAUGAAGAGAAAGUCUGGAAGUUACGACAGAAUAUUAUAGCUGCUCAGGAAAAUGCAGACUUUGUAAAAGACAAAGAACAUUCAGAGAGCAACGCCAAGGAUGAUGAGGAAUACAGCAUCAAGACCACUGUUCCAACGGUGAGAUUUGACAACGUCAGGUGUCACGACGACCUCACGCCACAGAAAAGUCCAGAUCAGAAAGAGCUGGAAGAGGCGUCCGAUCAGACUGUGAGCGAGAAAGACGACCACACCGUCUGCGUGAAAGCAAAACAAAAUCUGUCUGAAGAAAACACGGAUGAAACACAGAACACAGAACACGAUCACACACCACAGAGGGGAGAGGACGAGGACGGUGUCCUGCAGCAUGUGACGGCGUUGGAGGACGUUCUGUCACAGGUGGAGGCGGAAGGAGCAGAGGUGAAGCAGAUGACCUUGUUUUUAGUGGACCGGCUGUUUCUGGCAGCGCCAAGCGUCAAAGCACCUCCUUCUCAAAAUGAAGAAAGCCCAGGGGACAAUCGCCUGCAGCAGUCUGAUCCUGAUAAAAAGGAACUCGAUGUCCGGGACCUCAUCGAUCUGCAAGAGACCGAGUUCACUGUCAGAAUUCAACCUCCUGGAACAGAAAGUUUUGAGCUCCAGGUGACAGGUCAGAUGCUGGUGGCAGAGCUGCACCAGGUGCUGAUGGACCACGAGGUCACCUGUCACCGCACAUGCUUCUCACUGCAGCUGGGAGGCGCUGCACUCGACAAGCUCACCGAGCUGUGCUCCGUCCAGGGAAUCCAGGAUGGAGUGCAGAUCAAAUUGGUGGAAGAUUGUUAUUCGGUGCGCGAUGCCCGCCUGCAUCUCCAACAUGUGUGUGAUCUCCUGAGGAGCCUUGACCCUGCAGACGCGUACAACGGGAUGAACGGCCACUCACUGUCUUACCUCAGCUUUUACACCAGAGGAGACCAAGACAGUGACAGCGUGAGGAAGAGGCGACUCUCUGAAAAGGAAUCCAUCGACUUCAGGCCUCCAGAAAACAUCCUCCCUGGGUGUAAGGACCGACCACUGACUCCACUGCAGCCUGUCAGAGACGACUGGAAGCCACUCCAGUGCCUGCGGGUUCUGACCAUUAGCAGCUGGAACCCUCCACCGGGGAACAGAAAGAUGCACGGGGACUUACUUUACCUCAAUGUCCUGACUAUGGAAGACAGAGAGCUCAACAUUACGUCCUCUACCCGUGGUUUCUACCUCAAUCAGUCGACUGCCUUCAACUUCAACCCUAAACCUGCAGUUCCCAGAAUCCUUUGCCACUCUCUUGUGGAGCUGCUGAGCCAUGUCAGCCCUGCUUUUAGGAAAAACUUCAGUGUCCUUCAGAAGAGAAGAGUCCAGCAACACCCUUAUGAGCGCUUCGCGGCGCCUUUUCAGGUGUUCACCUGGACUGCACCUCAUGCAGAACACACCCUUGACCGCGUGCGUGUGGACGAGACACACACCAGUCACAUGGGCCAGGACAAGCACACAGCUGGGCAGAGUCGGGACUGGAAUGAGGAGCUGCAGGGAUCCAGGGAACUUCCCAGGAACUCCCUACAGGAGCGGCUGCACAGAGAGAGGAGCAUAUUUAAGACCAACAGUGACUUUGUUGCCGCUGCAGCACAAGGUGCAGUGGCCGUUAUCGACGGCAACGCCAUGCCAUUAAACCCGAGCGAGGCGCCUCACAUGCAGAUGUUCAUCUGGAAGAACAUCUUCUUCAGCUUGGGCUUUGACAUAUCUGAGCAUUACCAGCAGCUGGGAGGCAACACCGCCGCUCACACUGCCGCCAUCUGUGACCUGAGAGGAAUACAGGCAUAUGCAUCUGUGGAUACGGAGGGUCUUCACACACUCGGGACAGCUGUGGUGGAUUAUCGUGGCGUCCGUAUUAUCGCUCAGACGAUUGUUCCAGGAAUACUAGAGAGGACUCAGGAGCAGAGUGUCCUCUAUGGAUCUAAUGACAAUGGAGUCACUGUUUUUACAAACCCCAGGUUUCUAGAGCUUUUGGAUAAAACCAGUAAACCCCUGAGAAUCCAGCGUCACCACGUCCUCGACCACAACAACGUCCCAGUGGAGCUUUGCUCUGGCAUUGAGACCAAAGGCAUCCUGGGUAAUGAUGGGCGACCGUACAUCCUGGAUCUUCUUCGCACUUUUCCUCCUGACCUCAACUUCCAGUUCUCAAAGACAGAUGAGAUGCAGGACGAGGUGCCAAAGGAGUGUCAGUGCUUCGGUUAUCCACGGCAACAUCGUCACAGCCUGGCGGCCCUGAGACCGGAGCUGCUGGAGGCCUUUGUCCAGCACAAGUAUGACAUUUAUGUCAAGAUGGUGACCGAGGGGCUCAGCCAACUGGAAGAACAAGAUAAAGCUACGGAGCUGAAUGAAGACAGACGAGAACUUCAGAGAAGAGAUGCCAUCAUGAACGCUUGUAAGGCUGUCGGGUCACUGAGUGACUCCUGCUUUGACAUACGCUUCAAUCCUGAUGUUUGCUCUCCAGGUGUUCGUUUCUCAUCUGAGUUUGAAGUCCAGAGGCAGAGGAAGAUGUUGUGGGACGCAGCUGCUUUUCUUCUCGCUCAUCAGAUUCCAGCAGUGCUGAGGGACUGUCUGGACCACACAGCAGUGCUGAUGGACGGCGUGACCCUGACCUCGGUGCUACAUCAGCAGGGCGUGAACGUGCGAUAUCUGGGUACACUACUGAAGGAACUGCACCAGGGGGAGGAGAGUGGGAGACUCAGCUACUUAAAGAGAAUUUCAAUCAGUGAAGUCAUCAUCAGAAGUGCAAAACACAUCUUCAGGACCUACCUACAGGAUGUGGAACCGGCAGUUUUCUCCGCUGCUGUCAGUCACUUCCUGAACUGCUUCUUGAGUUCUUCCCCCUGCGUCCCCGACUCGUGCUCCGAUGAACUCCAGUCUCGCCGCAGGUCCCGACGGCGCCGCAGCCACGGGAGUCGAGUCACCAUGUUGACCGUUAGUGUGUGGGCCAGACUGACCAGCAGUGAGCUCUGGAGCAGGAUCAGGACUGAGGCUGCGGAUUAUUACAACUACACAAUUAACUGUGAAAGUAUAGAUGAAGCCAUUGAGAAAAAUGGUCUCCAGAGGAUCUCACUACUGAGAGAGAUUGCCAUCAAGAUGGGCAUCCAGGUACAGCUGAGGGAGUACGUGUUUGAGUCUCGCCACAGGCCGGUGUUCAGUGAGGAGGACAUCGUCAACAUGUUCCCUGUUGUCAAACAUCUCAAACCUACAUCCACAGAUGCCACGCGGCUGGUACACCACGCACAGGUGUCAGUGCAGCAGGGUCUUCUUAAAGACGGUUAUGAGUCGAUUAGCCAGGCCCUGACCCUGUUCAGCAGUGUAUACGGGGUCCUGCAUGAGGAUGUGGGCAUGUGUCUGCGGCUCAUGGGAAGGCUCAGCUACAUCAUGGGGGAAUAUGCAGAUGCUCUCAGCCACCAGGAAAAAGCUGCUAUGAGUAGUGAGAGAGUCCAAGGUAUCGACCACCCACAGACCAUACAAGACUAUACCUUCCUGGCUCUGUACUGCUUUGCUGGAGGCCAACAUUCGACAUCCGUACGACUGCUGUAUCGCGCGCGGUACCUCACGUUGCUCGUGAGCGGAGAAGAUCAUCCACACGUCGCACUGCUGGACAGUAUGCUGGGUUUAGUACUUCAUGGACUGAUGGAGUAUGAGCACUCCCUGAAGUUCCUGCAGAAUGCCUUAAAUUUAACCACCAAGUACCGCGGUGCCAGGACGCUGAGGCAUGCGCACAGUCAUCACCUGCUCGCCACUGUUUAUGAGACCAAAGGAGAUUUUCGAUCAGCUCUGCAACACGAGAAAGAGGCUUAUUCAAUAUACAAGAGUCAGGUUGGUGAGGACCAUGACAGUACGAAGGAAAGCUCAGAAUACCUGAAGAGCCUCACUCAGCAGGCUGUGGUCCUUCAGAAAGCCAUCAACAUCAUCUACAGUAACACAGCUAGUGCCUCUAUUCCUCCUCCAAAGUUUUCCACUCCGAGCCUUUCCACAAUCUUACAGCAGCUCAACCUGACAUGUGGAGUCAUUCUCAUCCCCCUCAGCGCAAAGGACAUUGCAGACUUGAGGACUGAGAUGAAGGGAAAGGACAAGGUUCUGGUGGCAGAACUGGAGAAGCAGUAGUAACUGAAGCACUACAGCAAAGCUGAACCACACACACACACACACACACACACACACAAGAGGAUGUUAUAAUAGUCAUGAACAACGAGCAACAAUGACAAUUGAAAGCCAGGCACAUUCCUGCUCAUAUACAGGUUGAAAGGUAUGGCUCUUUUGGGAAUAUACUGUUUCCAUGAACGCACACUGGACGCUGUAGAUUUACUGUCAAGUAUGUGUUAUUAUUUUUUCUUUAUCAGAAAGUGUAUAUGUAGGCUUUAGCCGCUUUGUCGUUAUGCUGCUAGAUUACUUGACAUGACUGAUAGAUUAUUGGGAAAGCACAGUAUUAUGAUUUAAAAAUACUUCAACAAUGAAUAAAUGAGUGCAGCAAUAUACUUCAAGUGAAGGCUGUUCUCUUCAGUCCCCUGUGUGUCCACUGGGCCGUGCUAUAAACCCUUCUUAGAACAUGGGCGGGGAUUUGGAUGCCUGGAUUUUAAAACAUUCCCUAUCACCAUUUCAUUUUGGAUGUGUACCCAGGCCAUAAUCGUUCAAUACACAUUACUGACAUUAUUGUCUAGUUGACUGUGUGCAAACAAACAGAUGAGCUUACACAUUAGGUGGCAUUUUUAUCAAAUGCUUAACUGAGAUUAAAUUGAGUUAUACUGGAUGUGAGUUUAGCAGCUUUUAUUUGAAACACAUACUUCAAUUUUAUGAGUGUACAAUCCCUCGGAUGAAUUGUUGUGUUGUUCAUUUCAUUAUUCAUUAAUUAAUGAGCUUUUUAUAUUUUAGGGGCCGGUUCAGCUCAUCAUGCCAUGAUUUUGGACCGCUAUGUUUUUACAAUAGCCCACAAUAAAUAAACUAAACAUGUUUUGAGUUUUGACACUAACCACAUGCGUUCUCCAACACACUUAGAAAGGAAUCAUGUUCAGCUGCAAUGUGCAAUGUCCUCAAUAAAUGUCGCUAAAUCUUACACACUGUACCUUUUAAAUGUUUUGAUCAAAACUGUAAAAUGAUCACAGACCAGACUGAUUCAUUAUUUAACAUUCAAUGGCUGUAUGGUCUGUCACCAUCACUACAGUCUGUCCCUGUGAAGUUUAUUCCAACUUGCUCACAAAUAAAAUGUUUAAUUCAAAUAUGUCUACAUAGUAAUAAGCCUGGAACAUAGUUGGUAAACUCUGGAGAUCUGCUCACACUGUGAAAUCAUGUGUGAAGUGUGGAGAGAGCUGUGAGCAAGUUUUUUUCAUCCUGUCUGGUAUGCCAAGUCCACCAUACUUCCCUCAUGUGCUUAAUAAUGGGAGGGUUGAGCAGGAGAAUCCUAUGUUUGUUGCAAUCUGCCGUCUCGCCAUAGGACGCUCUUAACUCAGACGUGCGUGACCUAAAAAAUCAGGUCUUAAAACUGCUUUGUUUGCCAGAGCUUUUAAUGUUGAGCAACUCCAAUCUCUGCAGUAAUUGAUCCUGUUUUUUAAUGUGUAUUUUUUGUGUCAUACAAUAUAAUUUUAUCUUUUGUCUGUUGUGUGCAUGUCUUAUUUGUACUCUGUUUUAAAACAUUUUGUAACAAC